AUGGAGCGCUACGAGUAUAUUAAACCGCCUGGAGAAGAAAACAUAUCACCAAAUUACGUUCUGAUUAGAAUCAGGAAAUUUCCAGUAGCAGAAAUUGCAGAAAGUUGCAGAAAAUAUGGAUAUAAUGUUUUAAUGAAUGAGUCUGUGGCAAAAUCUGUACCACUUCGUGAAAAAGAAAGAUGUUACAAUCUCACAGUAGACCUGAUUAAUAAUUCAGUGAAGAUGGAUUGUAGGAACAUCAACAUAACAAAUUGGAAUAAAUCCCUUCCACUCAUAGGAAACACGACCCGUGGCUCUUGUUACUUAUUGAAGGAAGAUGUAAGACACUCUCAUCUCAAGGUUCCGGACGCUUUCUGUUCAGCAGAUUUCAACAAUUUUCAAGAGGACAACAGAACUAUGUUUCUUACUCUCUUUUCCAUCCUUGACAUAAAUCCCAAAUAUACAAAAGAAAUAAAGUCGGAAUGUGUGGCUACUUACAUGGAUUUGCAAUCUUCUGAACUCUAUGGAAUGCCUUGCCAUGAAUGCUGUGAUGCAUAUUGUACUCAACACGGUGGAUGGAUCUAA